GUUGUCCAUUAAUUGGACAUUGAGAUUAUGGGUAGAGGUAGGGGGAAGGGAAAGAAGUUAACUGUUGGCAACCAUGAGGAUGCUGGAAAGUGGCGAGGGAGGAGAAAAUUCCUGCACAGAAAGAAGAGGGAGGCCCACAGAAACCCACUGAAAGACGAGAUUGAUGAAGAGGAAGCUGAAAAACUAGACGAGGAAGAUGGUGAAAAUGGAAAAGUUGGGAUAGCAAACAAAGAGACUAAGAGUCCCACUGCAACCGAAAAUGGAAAGAAAAGAAAAAGAAACUCACAGGUGAAGGAGAAGUCUGAUUCAGCGAAGGAGGAAAAUGGUGUUGGAACCAGAUCAAGCACCGAGGACUCGACAAAGUCUAAUGGGUAUAGACAAAAUGGAAGUAGGAGGAAAAGCAAACCUCGUCGAGCUGCUGAAGCUGGUGUGGAAUGCAAGUGAGAUCCCGGUUGGUUAUCACAGUAGGUCUCUUAUUUUUCGAAUUGUUAUAUAUAAUAGGAAGUGAGGCCUAGUAGCUCUUUAGUUUCAAAUUGCUUUUUGGUAAUUCUUUCUUCGUGAUUUUUCGAAAUUCUCUUUGUUUCCAAUAUUUACUCUUAUUGGAAGUUUUGAA